CUGGCGACACUGGCAAUACAGCGUAUCAAAGAGGGAAUGUCGGGAGAAAAGACUGCGACAGGGCGGGAUCUACUUGGAAGAUAUCUGGCAGCGAGUCAGCAAGCACCGAACGUGAUCGCUCCAAAAGAUGUCCUCGCCCUCACGAUCAGUACUAUUCAUGCUGGAUCCGAGAGCACAGCCUUAUUUUCAUCAUUCUUGUUAAUACAUCUGCUCAAAGAACGUCAAGUUCUUGCAAACCUAGAAAAUGAGCUGCAGAAUGCCAAGCUUGCAGUUCCGCCGGCUUUCAAUGACAUUGAUAAGCUGCCAUACCUCGAUGCUGUCAUUCACGAAGGCUUACCAAUCCAAACUGCACUGAGCGGACUGUCUCCUCACGAUGCUAAUAUCUGUGGCACUAUGAUCCCCGCUGGUACAGACGUUUCUGUAUCAGAAGUGCUUACCGCACGCGAUAAGACCUUGUAUGGCCUGGAUGCUGGAAGCUUUCGUUCCGAACGAUGGUUGCAUGUCGACAAGGCUAGGAAAGCCGAGAUGGAUCGAGCUACAUUUGCAUUCGCAUACGGACGUCGAGUAUGCACUAGACAGCACUUGGCUAUGAUAGAGGUGAAGAAGCUGAUUGCAUCG